GACAUUCUAUAUAGUAAUGGGUGAACUAAUGAAGAUGUUGUGUACCGAGGUCAUAGGGACACUGAUAGACCACUUGGCACUGGGACUACAGAAGUGGGUUGGGUGGCAGGAAGGGGAUACGUGUUGUCUUAAGGGGGAUAGUAGUGGAAAGAGUAAUGGGAUAGGAAAGAAUUGCGAACGUAGUGGUGCUGGGAUUGGUACAGAUAACUGUUGUUCCGGUGGUAGUGGUAGUCAUGACUGUACCAAGUGUGGUACCAGUGGUGGCAAGAAGUGCUACCAGUCGGCCUACAGCAAGACCACUGCUCUAUGGACUACCAUAGUCAAUGGUACCACUGGUAGAGCUACUACAACUAAUGAUCCCUCUAAGGUCCACCUCCUGGCCCGUAUUUUCCUAGGGACAGUAUGUCUCAUCUGGAGUGGACUCAGUCAGUUGGGGUUCCUAACUGGAGGGAGUGGUGGCAAUAAUAGGUGGAGCCAGGAUGGAACACUGAGUGAGGUCGGAAAAGGUCUCGGCUCAUUCAUGGCGGCCAUGGGCUAUGACCUGGAGAGGUUGAAUGGGAGUAGUGGUCCAGGUAAGUACUGCUUAGGGUAGUAAUAUGAACAACAUGUGAU